AGACACUGUUUACAAUUAGUGGUUUUACAUAUUGUUUUGUUUUGUCUACUUAAUUAAGAAUUAAGAUAAUUUGAUAGCACGAAAAGAAACUGUCAAGAUUUGAUUCUUAGAGACUGAGAAGAAAACGAAAGUGAAAGAACCUGUUUUUUUUAAGCAUAUUAAUAUUGCAAUUUUCUUUCAAUCCGUUUUCCGAAACAUCUUCGUCUUCACUCACUAACAUUUUAAUUUUAAAUUAAAUUAAAUUUAUACGCGUUUUUUUUAUAUAAAAGUAUAAGCCAUGCCGUAGUCGGGCUAAUGUGAAGAGAUAUCACCUUGACAUCAUUUGCGUGUUUUGUCCCUGGUUCCAAUAGGGUCAAAACCCUGGUUCCGAUAUGGUAAAACUCAGGUUAGGGAUAAGUUUAUGGGUUCAGGUUAGGUUUAGGGGAUAGAUUUAGGACAUAAGUUCACCAUGUUAAAAAAACGCAUUACUGCUAUCCCUUCACAUUUACCAAUUUACCCGUAGUCGCCGUAGUCGUAGUAAUAAAUAAUUAAUAAAUACUAUAGACUAUAGGCCUAAAUAUAAAUAAUAAAUAUGAGGAAUGAAUGAUGAAUACAUUGAAUAAAAAAUAAUGCCUACUAAUGCUGGUCAUUGAUAGUAAUAUUGAAUAAAUUUAAAAGAGCUGCAUAGCCAGAGCACUUAUUUAGUAAGACUAAGAAUCACUAAGAAUAAGAAGAAAAAACUGCAGUUCAGUAAUUCAGUAAUGAAUUAUAAAUUAUACUAACAGACUAACGCAUUUUUGUAAUUAUGAUUAUGGUUAAUAAGAGUUAAUAAAACUAUUCAAAUUAGUUACAACCCACUCCUACCCACCUUUGUUGAUGCCUAAUUAUAUUCAAUAAUGGAUAUGUCAGUCUCUGGUCUGUGUGUUUCUUAUUUUAAAACUAUAUUAUUGGGCGGGUCUUAUUUACUUGAAUCUAGUUUAGAAACAACAAAGAUGUUUUUGGAAACUACCUAAAUUGGAAAAAGUAGGCGGCAACCAUGUGCGAGAUCCUCUUGUUUUUAAAAAAAUUUUGACAUAUAUCCCAUAAAUACUAUACUUAUACUAUUACUAUCAGCGUCUAUGGCCAUGCAUGCAAAUUAAGGCAUAAGAGUAUGAGAUAAAUUUAGUCUUUUAAGUCUAAGUUUGAAACUAAUUUAAUAAAUGGCUAAUGUUGGGUAGGAUGAGAAGUGUCCUAAACAUAAAUAUAGUACAAUAUGGUAGCAAUGCUUCCCUCCUCACAAAAGCCUAAGCCUAGGUUUGAUAAAUCGAAAUAAAUGUAGCCGCAGCCCAUUUAUAAUUUUUUGGUAGUCUCUAUUUACAAGUAGUAUGGAUUGCACCACCUUAUUUUGUAAUCUAACUCUUCAACAGCUUUUACUUUAUUAGACUACAUAAAAAAUUUAAAAUAUUACAAUUAUUUCUUUAAUACUUGUACAUUGAUGCUUUAUUUUAAAAUAUUUAAAAAUGUACAAUUUAUUCAGCUAAAUAAUGAAUUCAUGUACAAGAAUUUACAAUACACGGGCUGAAAAGUGCAGUGGUCAGUUUAAUAUUUCUACUGACUCAAAGAUAUUUGGUAUAUAUAGGCCAUUCAGACUUAAUUUCAUUGAUAAAUGGCGCAAAAAUUUAUUUACUGUCAAUUAACAAAACAUAGGGCUGAAUGCAAAACUGUGCCUAGCAACCACAUUUUGUCUCUCAGAUAUGUGGGCCCUCUUCCCUUGUGUAGUCUCAGUAGAGGGUUUAUUUACAUAUUGUGCAAUGAAAUUAUUGAAAUUUAUUAAAUGCUUUGAUAUUUUUGUUAGAUUAUGUUUUAAUCUGAUGACAAUGGCAUGUUGUCAGAAAAAAAGGUGGAAAAAAGGAAGCAUAGAAUUUAUUGCCAGGCCCACAAUAACAAGUUGAACCCUCAGAAGCCCAAAUUAUUCCUAGGGCUCAACAUGCCCCCCACCCACUCACUUGGUUAUGAACUAAACAAAGCCUAAAUAUUAAAUUGUCUUAAUCACUAGACAUAAGCCUAUGAUAAUGAUAAUAAUUAGAAAUCAAUGCCUUUUAGUUAAUCAUAAUAUUUUUAAUAAUUAUAUAUCUUAUAAAAUAUUACUUAUAAGUUUCAGAGCUGGUACAAUUUCUUUUUUAAAAUAGUGUACUUGUUCUAGGCUUUCAUGAAGUUUUAAUGAAAGGUAUGACCUAGUCAUGAUUGAAAUUCAUGAAAAUAUAUAUAAGUUUAGUUUUAUUGACUAUUAGUAUGGAAUUAAUUAUUAUUUAUUAUAAUAGUUGUGUGAUUAGUGAAAUUAAUAAGAGACCUUUGCCUUUACCUCAGCUAUUUUAUUUGGACAUUGAAUUGGCAUUUUGCUAGAGCGUAGGACUUGGUCGUGGAUAAUAAUAAUUCAACUGCUUCAAUAUAAAUGGCUUUAAAUGCUGCCAGUGUCACCGGUGUAGUGGUUUGGGUAUAUCGCAAUGACUACAACUUAUGGAGUGCUUAUGAGCCCCAUGUUUCUCAGGAAAUUGAAAAAGCACAUUCCAGUAGGACUCAACCAAAAUUAAACCUGGGCACAAUCACACCAGCCUUAUCCUGUUAUGAGAUUGAUCUCCUGAAUCUUGAACAAUUACAAAUCAACACAGGUACUGGAGGUACACGAAAGGUGUACAUUUAAAAAUGUAUUUUUCUAAUUUCUGAAUAUUUUAAUAUUGUUCUAUUUUAUAACAGGCCAACACAACUCAAAAUGUAAGGCGGGCCAUAAUACUUUAUGAAAAACUUGUGCGGGCCAAAAGAUAAUAGUAUGGGGGGGGGGGACAGCUAUUUACAAAACAAUCUAUAUAAAUAAUUCGCUAUAAGAAGUAGGGUAAACAACAAGACGACGCAGGCUAUAUAUAGAUACGCCAGAGCAAGCAAGACGCAGGCAAACCCUCCCUUCCCUUGCCUGCCCAUCGUUGGUCUCGAGACAUGCGCACUGCGGUGGAGCUCGCAGCGUCUGCUAAGCCGUGGGUCGGCUAUAUUUAUGUAAUUCUUGGGCGUGAAAUAAAAAGUGUGCAAUGAUGUAUCAUGAAGGGGGGGGGGGGGGGGGGGUAGCAGAAUUGACAUGCCUAAACGUGCGUAACUUGAGGUCAUGUUUUUAUCAUGUAACUUUAGUAGAUGGGAAGUUCACGUAUUGCUGUUGCCAAUGUUUGGCGGGCUAUAUCUAGUAAGGAAUAUUUCGUUAACGCAAAGGGGGUGCAGGUAGGCCGCUUGCUGCCCACGGGCCAUAUGUAGUGCAGGCCUGUUUUAUAAGAUGGUAAAUGACUUUUGAUUGAUUUCACUGAAAAAUCUUCCUUCAUUUAUUUAACAACACUUAACUUUUUAUUCAAAUAGUACUCAUGGCAAAUUUUUUUAUCAUACUUUCUUGUGCAUAAGUCCAUAAAAAUAUUUGUUAAAUAUUUUUAUAAAAUCAUUUUGUGCGCUCUUCACAGGAAAAUGCAGACAAAUAAAGCGACAGGUUCAUCCUCCAAAUUCAGCACUUGCUAAUAACACUAUAUGGGAGUAUGAAGGGGACCAUCCAGGACAAUGGUUUAUGUAUGACUCUGAAACUUUAGAACUUAUCAACGAUGCCUUUUUGAAGUUUAAUCAAGGGGCUUCGCCCGUUUUUGACCUGAUUAGGUUGCCAUACAGAAUUGACCUAAAUAAUUUGAUUCAGGUACUUCAUUUUUUUAAAAUUAAUUUUCAAGCCACCAACUGUUUCAAAAUCUUUUUCUAAUGGUUCAACUGAAUUCAGCUUGCAUGUAUGUUUUGGCAAAAUUUCCUAAGACUUAAGAGAGGUGAAUUAGGAUAUUCUGGCCUCUCACCAUGAUAUGCUACUUUCCAAGACUUUGAAAUUCUCCAGCUACUGAUUUCUGUGUUUGCUCAUUGUUGAUCGGCUUACAAACCUGUUUACUCUUACAAUUUUGGUGUAUAAUGUACGAUUUUGAGAUAUUCUUUAUGAUUUUACGCCAAGACCUGUCACAACUACAAUUUAAAGAAACCAGGUUGAAAAUAUAAACAUGCCUUUAAGUUUUUCAGAUUAAAAAAUAAUGAAAAAGUAACUUUUGGGUUGUUAGUUAACCUGCUCUCUGCAUCCAUCAGUGAAUGGAUCGAGAAAUACAAUUGGUUGGGGACCAAAUAUUACUUUUGUACUGAGAGAGGAAGGCUGUGGUGUUGAUUUAGAAGAUUUUGUGUAGGGUCUAAAUAUUUAAGUCUAUAAAAUUAAAACCAUUACAUUUUGGAAAUGAUAGUGGUAAGAGUGUUGCUUUAUGUGUUUUCAUAAUUACCUCAAUAGACACGGCAACUGUAAUAUUAGCAUAGUCGUCUUAGUGAAAAUGUUAGUCAAUCCUUGCUUUUUCUUCUACGUUGCUGUACUGUAUGACCCAAUUUUGUUACAUAAUUAUUUCGUUCGACGAACCCCAGCGAGAAUUAUUUUUAAUAUCCUCGUAUGUUUCCAACACUCCUCUUUCUUUCACCCAUUUAUAGCUUGUGAUAAAUAUCAGACUAUUUUAUGUUAGUGGGAAAAGGAUUAGUGGAUAUUGAUUUUUUUUUUAAAACCAGUUGUUCCUAAAAAAUAAAUCUCAAAUUACUUGGCAGGCUUUGAAAAUGAUGUUAUUAUUUGUUAAUUAGCUCUUAUUUAAAUACAUUCUAUCUUAUGCUAAUCUCUCUUCGAGUUUGAACUACUUUAAAUUUCACCAGUAACUUUAUUUUUACCAGUGACAGACUGUGAUAAUGUGAUUUGUACGUCCUCUCACUAUAAAUUAAUAUUUAUAGCAAAUGCACGUCUGCAAAACAAAGUGACCACAGAUUGCAAUAUAAAUGUUGGUCAUCUACUUUUAGAAGUUAACUUUUUUGAAACCAGCUUAACUCAAUCCCAAUAGGCACUGCGAUGCCAGUAGUUAUUGCAUUCAAUAUUUAUACUGUAUGUAUAUUUAUUUACUAUUAAGAUACUGUAUAGUACGAUUUUGAGACAAUAUUGUAUGAUUUUAGGAGUUCUGGGCUACACAGAUCUGAGCAUAUUUCCAAUUAUUGGGAAGAGCUGGUUUGGAAUCUUCUAAUUUUACCUUGUUUGGCUCCUAGUUUAGAGCCUAGCUGAAAUUAAUGUCUUAAAAUCUUUUAUCUAAAAUGUCAGAUCAGAAUUAAUACUGGGACCAAAAGGAACAUACGUCGUAGAGUUCUGAACCAAUCAUAUUCAGCAGACACUACUGGCGGAAUGCCAUCCUUCCUAUCUUCAGCUUCGCCAGUACCUACCUUCUCUGGAUACAGUUCAGGUGAGUAUUUAUUUUCUCAACAUUCAGAGUUGUUCUAAGGUAUGACCUAUCAACUUUUACAUUCUAGCUGUUCAAGUAAAUUGUGUCUCAAAACAAUAAUAAUUAUUUAAAAUUUUGCAUAACAAAUAUUAUAUUCCUUUUUAUAAUUGAACAAACCAGAUAUACUGUAAAUUUAUAUCCAACAAAGUGUUUAAGCUUUUGUUCAACAUAUUAAUUGCCAGAAAAGGCGAUAGAUGAGUAGUAAUGGAAAUCAUGAUAUUUAAACAUGGCCGAAGUGUCCAAUCCACUGGCUAAAGCUAAGAAAGGCACAAGGGCCAGAUCCAAAGCUGAAUUUAAUUGAAACUGACUCAAAUUGAAACACUGGCUUAAGUUUAAACACUGAAUUAAGUUGAAACACAGAAUUAAGAUGAGAAACUGAAUUAAGUUUAAACACUGAAUUAAGAUGAAACACUCAGUAACUGAGAGUCACACUCAGUUAAGGUCCAAAUACUAAAUUAAGUUGAAUCACUGACUUCUUGCUUUACAGAAACAAAUUAACAGAACAAUCCAGAAAAUAUUUGAUUCUUUUAUGUACGAAAAGGUUUAAACAACAGCAGUAACAUCAAAUAAAUAAGUUUCUCAACUGAUUCUCAUUUAACAAGAACAUCAUGAUGAGAUGGUGAUGUCUCAGAGUCAUAUUGCUUUCAUGCCUCUGACACAAGUGGCAUAAUUCGAGAGGGUAGUAAACAAUGUAAAAAAUGUAUAGAGAUUUAUAAAUCCAAAGUGACUUAAUGCAAAUGUGUAAGUUUGAUGUGGAUAUAAAUAUAGCUGUAAAAAUAAGAUAAAAUUGAACUGUGUCUGAUCCCUUUAAUUUUGGCGCCUUUUAAAAAUUAUCUCUCUAGAUUGUUUUGUGUGGUCUGAUUUAAGCUUGUGUAUCUUCAGAGUUUUAUUGAGUGUCAUCAUUUUGGUUAUAAAUUUCUCAACCACUUUUAAUAAACCAACUAAAACUGUCCACACACAAAAAAAAAAAAAUUAGCGCUGAAGAUUUCUUAUUUCUCAAAUAAACAAAUUUUUGCAAAAGAUGUACAAGACUUUUUUUUAUUAUGACUUAUCACAUGCUAAAAUUGAACUAAAAAUAUGUCCUGAAAAUGUGAGGAUAACUUUUAAGAUGCCAGCAAGGUACUUAAAAGAUAAGAUUGCUUUUAUUGAUCCAAAUGAAAGGAAUUUUUUUUUUUAUUACAUUUAAAUAUUCAUUUUCAGCACAUAAAUAAAUAUUUAUUUUAACCUAGACAAAAUGUUACAAUUUAAAUCAAUACAUAUAAAAUACUCUCUAGUGUAAAAAUCAGCCAUCAAUGAACACCCUUAGUGACAAUAUUGACUUAAUUAGAUUAUUUAGAUUUGGUAAUUGCUGGGGCAGCACGCUGGUAAAUUUAUACAAACGGGGGAAACAAAGAAUUUGUGAAUAUUUUUCGGUCCUAACUUUAAGAGAUGGAAUUCACCCUGAUCAAGCUGAUCUUAGGUAUCUUUGAUGAAAAGGGUGAAAUGUAUCAUCCAAUUUUUUUGUUUAGUUUUACAACUGCAUUUCUUCAUUAAAUAAUUCUUGCAGGUAAUACUGAAGUAGGCUUCGAAUCGUUGCACUGUAGAAUAAGUUAAUAACCUGUAUGUUUAUAACCAGGUGUGAGUAGUUCAAGUCAAGCUGUGGCGAGCAAUGGCAAGGUCAAACAUAAAAAAAGUACAUCGGGUUCAAAGCACCAUCCAUACAACAGCAAUGGACAUCUUUCUAAAGGUCAGUUAUGUUCAACAAAAAAGAAAGAAAUUCUUAUUGUCACUAUUACUGGAAUAUGGUCAGUUGUCAUUCAUGUUUAAUUUUAUCAAUUAAAAAAAAUAUUUUGCUUGAAAUCAACAAAUUGUAUUGAUUAAUUAUCUUUUUAGGUCACCUUUUAUUGAUUAGUUCUCAGCUAUAUAAAAAUCAUCAGUCUAUGCAGUCUGCAGUUAGUUGCACAUAGGAAAUGUGCAGUUACAGUUGCUGGGUAUAAAAUAAAUUAGAAUAAAUCUAUCUUCAGACUUAAACAUCAGAGCUUUUUGCUCUAUUGACUUCAACUUGAUUUUUUUUUUAAUUUUCAUUAAUUUUUAUAGAACUGCACACAUAUAUCAAAUUUUUCAAUUAUUUAUCGUAAUUCACAUACCCUACAAAAUAGUUUUGUUACUUAGACACUAUUUCAUUAUUUGGAUUAAUUUUUCCUGGCAAAAACUAAGUUAUUAAUUUAUUUAUCUUCUAAGUUUGUAAAGUUCAAAUAAUUAUUUCAUUGGUUUUGUUUUUCACAAUAUUUUUUUUAAUUAAUUAAAACUUAAGCAUCUCAUUUUUAAAAAAAAAUAAUUUUUUUUUCAGUUUCUACACAAGAUCAAUCUCAGCAGAGCAGCUCUGCACAGUCUGUAGUAAGUUGCAUCUGGGGAAGGAAGCAUUCUUAAUUCAAAAACAUUUUCUUUUCUCAAUAAAAUCAAUUACUUUCUGAAUUGCCUUUGUAAAGAAAAUGAUAAUUUUAUUUUUAUUGACCUUAGAUUUAAAUAAGAAGAAAUGUUCUAAAAUGUUUUUUGUAAAGAAUGAUUGUUAAGGACAGUCCAAAAAAAACAAAUUGACUUGGUGAUAACUUGGUGAUAAACUUUCCACAGUAUCAAUCAUUAGGCACUAUGACCAUAGGAAAAAUUCAGCACAGCAUGCAAUCACAAAGUCAGACCACAGGUCAGAUGGGUAUGGUGUCCAACAUGAAUGUGUUUCAUCCUUUUCCAUUAGGUAGGGUUGUCAUUAAGUCUUGAAGUGUGUGUUACAUCAACCUUUUCAGCUAUGUAAGAUUCUUAUUGAAUCUUGUAGAGUGCAUAAUCUGCACUUUUAAAAAAAAGCAUCUAUGUUAAAAUUACCUAUAAUAUAAUUAUAUUUCUACUAGCUACAGCCCGCCAAACAAUGGCAGCCGCAAUGCCUGAAACGUCCCAUCGAUUAAAAUUACUUGCCAAAGACAUGCAUUCAAGUAAUGCAAUUUAUAAGAAUCCCAAUGAGUGCUUUCUUAUCACCCUUCCAGGUUUGCAACCACAGCUUUUUUCACGCCCCUGAACCAAAUUAAUAUUUCAAAGUCCCACCCUGUCUUUAUACUGUAGAUUUGUGACACUAUAUUUAAAUUGAGAAUAUUUCCAUAAACCAAAAGAAAUAUUACGCACCAAACGCACUUGCUGUAUUUUUAAGAAUCUCAUUUAGCACAUUUAUUGGAAAUUUAAUUUAGUAAUAUCAGCUCCAUCUGGUGGCGUUAACGACACUGUUACGUAGAGAAUUACAUAUUUUGAUGUUGACAUAGCAAAUACAAGCCCACCUUUUCCUGAUGAGAUAUAUAAAGAAAAAUACAUUUUUAAACCCUAAAAAGUGAUUGUGCAUAUCCCACCAAAUGCUUCACAUCUACUUAAUAUCAGCACAGUGAAGGCUAAAAGGAAGGACACUAAGAUAUAAAAAUUGAUUAUUUCUUGAAUCAUGUCAUUGUUCUUAAGUAUUAAUAGGCACUGUAGAGAGGGCUCAACAACACAGUUCACAGUAGAACACAGCUUGCAUGGUUCUUGUGCUCAAAAAAUUUAAUUAAAAGUUGUCCCCCCCCCCACAAAAAAUGUAAUUGUUAAGUUUCAUGUUUUUUGUUAACUGUCUUUUUUAUUUUUUUAUUUAUUAUGUUGAAAAUGAAUAUGUACUUUGUCAAAACAAAUUUUAAUUUCUAAUAAUUAAUAAAAGAAACUUUUCUUUUUGUGUGUUUAUAUAUUUAAAUAUUUAUUAUGAUUAGUUUCAUUAACACUGGAAAUGUGUAGGAUUACUAUUCUUAAAAUUUAAAUUGUUAGUUUUUAGAAAACUGCAGUUUUAACCAUUCACAUUUUAAAAAUUUUCAGCCAUGCCAUCAGUCUACUAUACCCCCCUGACACUACCCCAGUCACAAGCGCCUUCAACAUCCCUGUCCCAAUUUUCAGUACCUCAUCUUGAAUACCAUCCCUUACUGCAAUCUCUGCCACAGCCGUUAACAGAAACCUUACCUAGCACGCACAAAAUCACCAUCAAGAACAAGGCUUGUAAAUGUAAGAAGAGAUUUGGCACUACCGUUACCGCUUGGCUAAGUCUGUUUCUGUUGAUUUUUACGCUCAUUAAAAUUGUUAAAAAAUUAAAAAUUUUUUACAACUUCAAACUGAUGUUUUCUGAGGGUGCCAUUUCAAACAAUUUGUCAUUUUUAUGAUAUAAAUGUUAGUCACUGCUCUGAGUCAGCCUGUUUUUAAUACUGCACUAUCUGACACUGUAGAGUGGGGAUCAACAACACAGUACACAGUACAACACAGCUUUGACAGUCACUCUAACCUUUGUGUGGACAAUGCUGUGUAUGUCCAUAUCAUGUGUGUGGACUCCUCUUUUUUUUUUCUUGUAGAAAAUUUUUUGGUAUGACUGAUGGAUUCUGAUGGAUUCUGAUGGAUUCUGAUGGAUUCUGAUGGAUUCUGAUGGAUUCUGAUGGAUUCUGAUGGAUUCUGAUGGAUUCUGAUGGAUUCUGAUGGAUUCUGAUGGAUUCUGAUGGAUUCACACAACAUUUUAAAUUUAAUCACCAGCUUAUAAUUUAUCAGCAAAAGGGAGGUCAUAAAUAUUUUGUACUCCAAUUCUUUGAGAAAGAGAAAAUGCCAUCUUAACAUUUCUGACUUUUUGUUACAUAUUUUUUAAUGUGAAAUCUGAUGUAAAGGUUAUUGCAACUAACUACUUUUCCAGCUUUAUUUUUUUGGAGCAUUGCAAAGUGUCAGGCUAAGACUUCUGGGCAAUGAAACUUUACAGACCUGUGUAAAUGUGUUCUUUCUAUAUCAGAGCUUUCUUCCUGGGCUCCUAAGUAUUUCCCAUUAACUUAAGAGCUUCGGGAAAUAGCUUAAAUCUGCCUCAGUUGCCUUCUGCCAAGUUCCCAGAUUUUCUGUUACCAUUGGGCUGCUCACGUGUUAAAGCUGUGAAAUAUUUUAUUAUAAAAAGUAAAUGGCGUUAAAAAAAAUGUGACACCAGUUCUAUUUUUAUUUUUUUUCUUGAAAUCUCUUGAUCCACUUUUCCACAGCCAUGUCGGGACAAGAAGUUCUGGGUCGCUACAUGACCAAAGUGCACACCGACCUGGACAAAACAGACUGUGCUAUCUGUUGUGAUAAACUCAGUGAGGCAUCCAGCUAUGGUGAUGGUCAUCCAGAGGCGUACGAGGCCAUCCAGUUGAGCCGAUGCAGCCAUCAGUUUCAUAAAUUGUGUUUGUUAACUAUGUACAACUCAAGUCACAAAGUAGGUCAAACGUGUUACACGAUGUAGAUGUAGAGUUCAAAUGAUAUCCUUAAAGAUGUGUAAUCAUGCAGAUUUUAUGACAGUUGCUUCUCGUAAUAUAUUCAGCCGGUGAUUGGUCAGGCCUUCUUAUAUUGUCAGGGCUCCGGUCGACAAGUCUAUGGUGGCUUGCCGAUUAGGAUGCGCCGGCCACCAGACCCCCUCGGGGUCAACCCGGGGAACAAAACCACUUUUGUGUGUCCUGCGUGGGCACACAAGGGGCAUGCAUGGUAUGGUACCGGCCGGAAAUAAAACAGCACCUACAGGGCUGCCAAUUGUGAAGUUUCACAGUUGGAAGUAAAGGCAGAGACAGGGUAGGGAUCAUGAUUACAAGUUGCCGUUAAUGGAUAUGAGGGUAGAGGCGAAGAUGGAAACCUCAAGCCGAUGAUUCUAACUACGCAGCCCCAAGAACGCUACUCCUAGGCGACCGUUUCGUCCCAGCUACUUGGAAAACUAGUUGCGCGGUGAAAACCCACCAUAGGAAACCGUCAUAAAGGGUGUCUGACACUUCCCCGGGAUGGGUGGGGAAAGAUAUUAGGACGUAAAUUUACCAUCCCGACUCCCUGGGAGAGUCAGCUAGGAACACUUUCAUUGCAGCGUUUUCGGUCGACCGGACAUCCCUGGGUGGGGAAAGCCUCCAUUCCUGUAUCCGAUCGAGCGGUCGCAAGUGGGGGCGGUCCUGCAUAACAAUUCUUGGCACAGGUCAUCUACUAAGUGUCUUUUUAACAUACUAGUAAACAUCUUAUUGAUUAGGAAAGCUCAGCAAAAUGGCAGGAGGUGAGAGAGUCUAAAAGUAAAAGGUUUUGCAUGAUUUUAAAUGUUCAUUGAUUAAGCUUUUUAAAGUUGCUGACUGUUGUGACUGAAAGUGAGCAAGAAUUACUUUGAGCUUGGACAUUUUUUUAUUUUUAAUUUUGCCAACACUUAAAAUGUUUUUUUUUGUGGCUCCGACAUGAGUUUGUUGUGUGAUUAUUUUUCCCCCAGGAUGACAGCCUUCAGUGUCCAAGCUGCAAGAUGAUCUAUGGAGAGAAGACUGGAAUAUGUCCUCCAGGAAACAUGAGCUGGAAAAUAAUGUCAGGGAACAGUUUGGCCGGCUACGAGGGCUACAAUACAAUAUGUGUCACCUACCACUUGUCAUCUGGAAUACAGGUAAAGAAAAAGAAAAUUUUUGUCACCUAUCACUCAAGACUUUAGAUACAACACCUUUGUUUGCCAUCAUUCCAAUUUAACCUUUAUAUUUAAUUGAUGCCGAUUGGCCUCCAUAUAAUGUAAAAUAGCAAAAAGAAAAAUUCAUGAAUAAUUUCCCCUUCACCACACCCACAUCCUAUCAUGUUGUGUCAUCAUUCAUAAAGGGGUUAUCGCAACUUUUUAUUGAAAAUUGUUUGUUUAAAGUCAGAUUUUUGUCACUUAACUGGUUAACUACCAGCAGCCGCUGGGAGCCGCUAAGCAUUUCUUCCUUUAUGGCCACAAACCGCUGGUAGCGCCAAUGUUUGUAUCAUAGUAAAUCGAGUCAAAUAUUUAUAUUUUGCUUCGAGAUUUUAAUUUACUGACUGGAUGUUUAUAUUCAAACCGCGUGCUAUCGGCAGAAUAUUUAAAAAAACGAACUGUUAAUUAAUUUGUAUUUAAUUUCCAAACUAGUUACACAAAAUUUUACUACCGGUACUUGUUUACGUGGCAACAAGCAGCAGGGCUACUAAAGAAAUAUAAGUGAUUGGAAGUGUAAAUAUUAUUCAUUUUCUGUGUCCUUUGGUGCAUAUUUCUUAUUAUUGGAUAUACUAUUUGGAAACCACCAAAUAAAAGGCUUUAAAUGAUUUUGAAAUUUAAAAUGUAUAUAUAAGUUGGCACAUUUAUAUAUUUUUUAUUGUUUUUCUGUUUUAAAUACUAAUUUAACAAUUGCUUGUUUCCUAACAAAACUUAACUCUACAAUUGUUUUACGUUAUCUUAUAGACAAUUAAAUUACCUAUAAAAUGGUUUAUUAAUCAUUAGAAUAUGUUUAUAGGUAAUUAAGAAAACUACAGAUAAUUUUUAGAUACACCUAAAAUGAGAAAAUGUGAUCUAGAUUUAAUUUGGCCACAGCGGGUUUUUCAAUCUGGUAGUUAAUCAGUUACAUGUUGAAAAGUUGUUUUCUUACACAGCAAUUUUGUUAAAAAUUAAUUAGAUAAUGAAUUUGACUGACAGCCAUUUGUUCGGUUCAUUAUACUUGUAGUAGAGUAAUAUGUAAGUCAGAUUCGAAGUGAACUCAUUAUAAUCCUACUUGACAAAGUUAUUGAGUCACCUAAUGUAACCUUACUUUUCACUGUAACAGGGGAAAGGUCAUGUGCGUUGAUUUUUUUUUUUUUUUUUACUCAAUGCGACCGUUUUGUAAUGGUUACUCAACGUAAGGUGCUAAAACAGCCAUGCUAUUUAUUCUGAAGAAACUGACACUUAAAAGUACAUUUUGAAAAACCAUCUUUUUUGUAGCUCUGUAAUUAGUGUAAGUGGCCAGCUGGAUUCAGAGUAAGUGAAGAUAUUUCUAUCCGUAUCUGGAAAUUUGAUCAAAAGAAAUUUCGUCAACGGUAAAUUGAUCGAGGGUAAUUUGUUUGAACGGAAAUUUGGUCGAAUCUUUUUUUUUUUCAUUUUUACGUUAAAAAUUUGCUUUAAAUUUCUUUUUGAACGCAUUAUUUUGUUUUACUACAUAAUAUAGUGCAUUUUCAAAAUAAAUUUGACGAAAAUUUUAACGUGGAACUGAAAAAAAGAUUCAACCAAAUUUCUGUUCGAUCAAUUUACCGUCGACAAAAUUUCUUUCGAUCAAAUUUCCAGUAACCAUUUCUAUCCCACCAGGGCCCAGAACAUCCCCAGCCCGGGCAGCCUUACACUUGCAGAGGUUUCCCAAGACAAGGCUUUCUUCCAGACUGUGAUAAGGGUCGGAAGGUGAGAGCCCUAGCACUGACUGCAUUCACCGGGUGCAUGAAUCUGUUUCUAAAAUAUUCAAAUCGUGAUAAGUUAAGCUAAAAGAUUUACUUAACCUGCUCAUAAAUGUAAUACCAUAUGUUUUCCUUACAUGGAAUCUAAUCCUAAUGAGUUUCUGAAGUACCUGGUACUGAUUAUGCAUUAGCCAUUAUUGUCUUACUGUUUUUGGACAAUAAAUUAUAAACAGUAAUAUAAUUUUGUACCUUAACCCUACCAGACCACUGUACCGAUUUUUCAGUAAUUUCCGAAUAUACCGCUAUGCUGCUGUACCUAAUUUUCGGUAUGUUUGCCCACUAUGUAAAAAAAAUGUGUCACAAACUAAAAAUAACCAACCAAUGGUGGUCAAACUUCAUGGUUAGCUAGUGCAAAUGUCUGCCCCCCCAUGUGUUUGAAUUGACUUUGUGUGGUGUGACGUGAACAAAUUUUGAAAAUUCACAAUGUAACGAGCGGCUGAUGAACCAAGCACUUUAACAGGUAGUGUGCAUAGAAAUUUCUACAUGUUAUUUACAAAGUAUAGUCUGGCCCCAAACAGUGACUGAAUACAGGACAGUCAGCUGACCCUGUUUUAAAAUGUUUGAGGACCCCUGAUCUAGGUGUUAUAGACUGUUAACAAUUUGUUUGAUUGAUAAAUAAAUAAGCCUCCCGGUGGUAUCUCAUUUUUUACAUAUUUUUUUUUAACAAUGUGUUGGCAACAUAGUGUUUUUGUUUGAUUUGUGCCAUUUAAUACAAAUCAAGCCUACAUGCAAAUGGGUGUUGGCGGGGAAGAGGACAAAUUUCAAAUCAUGAAAAAAAAAAAAAAAAAUCAUUUUGGUUUACAUCAAAUAGUUUUGCAUUUGGAUAAUCUAGUUGUAAUUAAAAUAUAAGCAUUAUUUCCAGUGAUACGCCACAUUCGUAAACUAAUUGUUGGUUCUAAUUAAUUUGCGAUAAGUUCGAUCGCAUUGUCUUCAUUGGAUUCGAGUUGGUUGUGUUUGGUGUGAUUUUCAUAUCUAAAAAAAGGUUUGCUGAGCUUGACUCGCAGCAAUGCAGCAUCUGAUGAGGUCAUUCUUUUUAUGGUUAAAAAGGAAUAAUAACUGAUAAUGCCAACUGAAUUAAUGGCGAAUGAUCACACCUAUCUUAAUGUGUAAAAAAAAAUUACUUUUGUUUGCCGAUUCAUAAUAAAGCCAGUCAUAAUGUAAAGGUCAAAGAUAUAUUGUGUAUGCAAUAACAAAAUAUAUGUGACUACAAUGAUUAUAGUUUUUCAUUGUUUACAUUUUUUUUUUUUUUCAGUUUUUUUUUAACAGGAUUGUUUAGUUUCUAUUUAAUUUACUCAUGCAAGUUCAAGAAUUGCAUGAUCAUGAAUAUAUCAGCCUUUGAUUACGUCACUCGCAACGGGCUAUUCAAAAUACUGGCAAAAAUCGGCUGUCCCCCUCACCUACUUGCCAUCAUCAGAGAGUUCCAUGAAAAUAUGCAGUACAGUGCAGUUCGAUGGAGCCAAGUCAGAAGCCUUUCCAGUCAGCAGCGGAGUUAAACAAGGUUGUGUACUCGCACCAACACUGUUCGCAAUAUUCUUCUCUGUACUACUUCGAUACGCAUUCAAGGAUAGCAGUGAGGGAAUCUGGUUACACACCAGAGCUGAUGGAGGACUUUUCAACACUGCCCGCCUCCGAGCCAAGACCAAAACGACAGAUGUCCUAAUUCGCGAGCUACUAUUUGCGGAUGAUGCGGCACUAACAGCACACACAGAAAUUGGUUUGCAACAACUCGUGUCAAGCUUCUCCAAUGCCUGCAAAGAAUUUGGUCUGCAAAUCAGCUUGAAAAAGACAAACAUCAUGGCCCAAGACACUCGACCUCCACCUAACAUAAAAAUCGAUAAUGAAAACUUGGAGGUUGUGGACAGCUUCACCUACUUGGGGUCCAAGGUCUCCAAUACACUGUUCAUUGAAGAAGAAAUUAACAGUAGAAUCGGCAAGGCAGCUGCCACAAUGGCUAAACUAAAUAAACGGGUCUGGCAAAACACCAAGCUAACGGAGAAAACCAAACUGUGCGUCUAUCGAGCUUGUGUCAUCAGUACACUACUAUACGGGAGCGAGACUUGGACCACCUAUACAUCCCAAGAGCGCAAGCUUAAUAGCUUCCAUAUGAGAUGCCUGCGUCGCAUCCUUGGUAUUAAAUGGCAAGAAAAAGUGACUAAUAGUGAGGUCCUAAUGCGUGCGAAUACCCAAAGCAUGUUCACAAUCCUUAGUGAAAGACGCCUGAGAUGGCUAGGUCAUGUUAAAAGAAUGAGUCCCGGCCGCAUUCCGAAAGACCUCCUAUAUGGUGAACUUGCUUCGGGAAAGAGGAAAACAGGUCGCCCACGUCUGCGAUUUAAAGAUGUCUGUCAAAGGGACAUGAAAGCAGCCAAAAUACAUACAAGUGACUGGGAGUGUAAGGCAAAAGACCGAUCUACGUGGCGCACAGUUGUCAAAGAGGGCGUCAUGGUAGCCGAGGAGCGAAGAAUGGAAGAGGCUGCAGACAGAAGAGCUAGGAGAAAGGCCAAAACAUUUAGAAGCACGGAACUCGUGUGUAAAAACUGUGGUAAAGACUGUCACUCAAGGAUAGGACUGCACAGCCACUCGAGAAAAUGCAACCCAACCCAACGGUGAUGCACCAUCGUCUCACGAGAAGGAAGGAUGCCGAUAGAUGAAUAUAUCAACUUAAACCUUCCUUCCUACAAUGCAGAAGAGCACAUCAAACCUUCCUUCCUAUAAUGAACAUCAAUGAUACCAAUAGAUCUGUUGGCAUGAGAUAGAUUAAUUUAUGUUUGCUUAUACUUAUACAGCCUUUUUAAUGUCAUUUCUGUUCAUUAUCUACACAGGUUCUCAAGUUGCUGAUGGAAGCCUUCAGGCGUCGCCUCAUGUUCACCAUUGGCAUCUCACACACCACAGGGGAACCCAACACAGUGACAUGGAAUGAGAUCCAUCACAAAACUGAACUCCACGGCAAUCAGUCUGGCCAUGGCUAUCCUGACCCUAAUUAUUUAGAUAAUGUCUUACAAGAACUGGCCGCCUACGGGAUUACAGAGGAUUGUUUAGCAACAACAUAGUGUAAGCUCCUGAGCUCUAUUCAUUUGUCUUUUACAUGCAUCUGAUGAACAAGACCCCUUGGUCAUUGUGUAUAAUAAUUUAUAAUAUUGUAAGAGUUAACCUGACUACUACACCAGUUUGAAUCAAUAUAAAGUCUGGAUCAACACCACUUGUUUAUGUUUUGAAUUUAGAUUACGGUAAUUUUCAUUUCAAUUUGUGUAUAAAUUUAAUUUUUCAAAACCACAAAAUAAGUUAUAAGUAAAAAGUUUACUUUUCACUGUGAUAACUUUUUUUUUACUGGUGAGAGAAUUAUCCACUUGAAUGAGUUUUUAAGUUUUAAGACUCGGAGUAUCAACAGUUUCCUUUUUAUCACUGCAGAUCACAGUUUACCAUGACCUGCCUAAUUUCUGUUGUUUUUUUUUUUUUUAAAUAGUUAGUAAAGAGAGAUAUGAAACACCUUUGAGACACUAUCAGCUUUUUAUAUUCAAAUGUUUGGGCAUUUCUUAGCAUCACUGUAACUGAAAUGCUUUAUACUUUAAAUGACAUUAGUUACCAAGGUAACCGUUGAAAGAAAUUCUUACCUUCUUGUCGUGGUGCUAUAGGUGGGUAUUUUAAACUUGUAUUGUCCUAUGCUCAUUUCUUGAGAUAGUUUCAUAUAUUAACCCUUUCAGUUGCAUUAAGGCUUUCUGGCCCCUUACACCUCAGUCGAAGGACUGCUAAACUCCGCUGUAAACACAAAGGAGUUACAAACAGCCUAUUUGUAGGAAACUUUUGUCUUGUUGUGGUUUGGUGGCUGUGCACUUGAUAUGAUUCUACUCUUAGAUUUUUUGGAAUCCAUACUUUUUUAGACAGUAGAUGUAAGUGCAAUGAAAUUUGCCUUUCUAGAAUCCCUUCAAACUGUUAGUGCUGCAGAAAUAGAUAGAGAAAGAAGUAAUGGAAAUAAAAGUAUUGAAUUAGUUCAACAUCUUGAUAUUCCAGAUGGGUCUCUUUAUAUUCAGAUGGGUCAGAUGAUUAAAAAAAAACGAUGUUGAUAGGUCUGACCAUUUAUGCUCUGUAGACAUUGAAGUAUUUGUAGGCGUGACUGGUCCUAAAUUAUUCAAUUUUAAUAUUUUCCCCAAAUGGAUGAACACUGAUUUUUAAUUUUAAAAAUUUUAAGUGAGAAACUUAUGGUUAUAUUUCCCUUUGCUUGGUACUGAGGGUAUUAUGGGCGCUACGCUACUGAAACCAAGAGAUAUGUUUCCAUUUGUUGAAAUAAUAAUCUACAUUUUUAAACCAACUGUAAAGGCUCAUAAAAUAUUUCAGGCAUUUUAAAUAACACUAUAGAGAACUUAUUUUUCUUGUCUUCAAGUUAAGGGCAUUUUCUUUUCAAGCCCAAACAUAUACGGUUCCAAUAUUUAUUUAAAAUAUAAAGCAGUUAACUAUUUUUUUGUUAAAUUUCACAGAAUUGUGUUGUUUUGAAACUGUCAAUAGAGCCCAUGUAAUGAACUUGGGUAAUAUAACAAAUAGCUCACUGCUUGAUGCAACUAAAAUUGAAACAAAUCAAACAAGGAGCCUGGAGUGUUAAAACCAAUCAAUCACUCUUAUUUAAUCUGUGCAAUACAGAGAUAGUACAAAAACAGUAAUAUAUUUACAGCACACAGUUUGAUCUUUUGUUCAAAGCCAUUCUUACAAAAUGUUUGUAACUUACUGGUGACAGCACAAGCAAAAGCAGCUGUAUGAAGCAACCUAGGUGCAGUAUAAUGAUAUAAAAGUGUUUGUUUCAAUUACAGAAGGUUAUGAGACCAUUGUCUAUUUUUUUAAAAACUAUAUAUAAUAGGAAAACUCGAUUUUAACUUCCCCUAAAAUUACAUGCCUAAAUUAGAAAAUGAAGAUUACACAAAUCAAUUACCAGUUACAAUACAAGAAUUUUGUAAUUUAACAAUACUAGAAUUAUGCAAAAACAAGGAUCAGUCCAGUUUUGACAAUAAAAAUAUUCCAAUUAAGAUUAAACCAUGCUUGUUUUCUUAAUAUCUAAAUGUUAUUUCUCCCAUUCCCUGAUGACACUCACUAACAAAACAAAUCUGCAUAUCUGUACUCCUUUUCAAUGAAGACCCAUAGACAGCGACGAGGCCAUGACAGCCAAUUCAGGCUCAUACCAGCAAGAAGCCAGUAUAGGAGCUGCUCAUUCCUGCCCAAAACAAUCAGGGACUGGAACAAUCUUUCAAAAGGAACGGUUGAGGCGACAACACUAGACACAUUUGUGUCUAUUGCCUCAAGCCUUCAAACCCCUAGUGCAUGAUUUCCUCAUGAACACCAGUAACAGAAACAUUGCAAAUCCCA